GUAAGCCAGGGAGAUUGGAGCAGCGAGGUGCACAGCCCCUGGUUAUAAGUCCUGGAGGUGCUACUUGGACCCACAGCCUUUAGCUCAAUAUACACUGCCUGCCUGACUGCCUGACUGACUUGACUGACUGACUGACUGAGUCUCACUCCACUGUUACUCACUCUCUCUCCCUCUCCUGUCCUGCUCCCUCGCUUCUUCCCUCCUACUUUCCACCCUAGAGAGUGAGAGCGCACAGAUUGGGAAGGUGCUCCUCAGACCUGCGUCUGGACAGCUUGAAGACGGCACAGAGAGGACUUUUCACUUUUCUCUCACUUGCUCUUUCAUCCUCGCUCUCAGCUUUGCCAUCUCUGCCAGAACACAUAUGGAUUUUUGUUUUUUGUCGGAGGCAGAAAAAUAAAAGUUGAACAGACAAUUUGCUCCACCUGCAGUUGAAAAUAACCAACUUUUAACUUUUUUUUUUCUCUCUGCACUUGUGAGCAGCACUGGACCAAUUCAGGGUGCAAACUCUUUGCCCAGGAGGACACCAUUCCUCUUUUUUGGCUGCAUGUUCACUGAAUAUCUGAUGCCAUUGCAUCCCAUGGGAGACACGCGUGGCUGAAGCAAGGAGGGAGGUAGAAGAGAGACCCACCUGAAGCUCACACCUACCGCUGCCCUUACCCAGUGCCCCCUCCCCUGCCCCUCAACACUCUGAGGAGAGAAAGUUCUUUGUGUGUGACAUCUGAAGUCUGGGAUGCUGGUGACCAUGUUGUUGGCUCCUGUCUGUGUGCUACUGAUGCUGGGGGGGCGUGCUCUUGCUGGAGGCUAUCCCCCCAUGCCCCACAUGAAGUACAUGCAGCCCAUGAUGAAAGGGCCGAUUGGACCCCCAUUCAGAGAAGGAAAGGGACAUUACGUUGAUAUGCCUCCCAUGAUGGAAGUGAAGGGGGAACCAGGCCCCCAAGGGAAACCUGGACCAAGAGGCCCCGCUGGGCCAGCAGGACUUCCAGGAAAACCUGGAUUGGGCAAACCAGGUCUUAAUGGCCCGCCAGGUCCUCAGGGGCCCUCUGGUUUUCCAGGAAUCGGUAAGCCUGGACUUCCAGGUCUCCCAGGAAAGCUUGGGCCAAAGGGUAUGCCAGGGCUUAAUGGCGAGGUUGGCCCACGUGGUGAACCAGGUCCCAGAGGUCUUCCAGGGCAGCCAGGCCUUCCUGGCCCAGCUGGCCUGUCUCUAAAUGGGAAACCUGGACUUCCGGGCAUAAGAGGCCCCCCUGGGUCUCGGGGUGAACCAGGAUUAAAGGGUCUUUCUGGCCCACCGGGUGAACGUGGGCUUAAGGGUGAAAAUGGAAAUGGGAAGCCAGGGCCUUCAGGUAUAAGGGGUCCUCCUGGGCUAAAAGGCAGUCCAGGACCACCUGGUCUUCCAGGUAUAGGCAAACCAGGACUAAAAGGUUUGCCUGGACUACCUGGCACUAAAGGUGAUCAAGGACUCCCAGGGGAUCGGGGAGAACCAGGAGAGGCUGGGGCUCCAGGUCUACAAGGUCUGCCAGGGCCAGUUGGGUUAGGGAAGCCUGGGCUAGAUGGACCACCUGGAGGACCAGGCCCACUUGGUCCAAAAGGUGAGGCAGGGCAGAGGGGUCCUCCUGGCUUUCCUGGGACUCCGGGCUAUGGAAAACCUGGUCUCAGUGGGCCAAAAGGAGAUAAAGGCCAUGGUGGGUUGCCUGGUCUCCCAGGGGACAAAGGGGAGCCAGGAAUGAUGGGCCCAACUGGAGAACCAGGCCUUGAUGGACAAUCAGGAGCACCAGGACUUCAGGGCCCAAUGGGACUCCCUGGAAAACAUGGAAUGCCUGGACAGAAAGGAGAUCUGGGGCCCCAGGGCCCUCCAGGACUGCCUGGCCUUAGAGGUGACCAAGGCCCUACUGGAUCCUUUGGAAAACCUGGUAUCCCUGGGGAGAAAGGCUUCCCAGGGUCUGUUGGUCCUAUUGGGAAACCUGGACCCAAGGGUGAGUCAGGGCAUAUUGGCCUACCUGGAAAUCCAGGGCUGACAGGUGCUCCAGGGCCAAAAGGUGAGGCAGGGUUUAUAGGGACCCCAGGCCCCAGGGGCCAGUCAGGCAUUCCCGGUCUACAGGGGCCCAUGGGUCCCAUGGGGCCACAGGGUGUCCCUGGCCCAAAGGGUGAAGUGGGACUUCCAGGGGCUCCAGGACUGGGUAAGUUGGGAGAGAAGGGAACUAUGGGUCCCCAGGGUCCUCCAGGGAAACCAGGUCCUUCUGGGCUUAAUGGUAACCCCGGCCCUCCUGGUCCUCCAGGGCCCCCUGGUCUUCCAGGAAAUGGCCAAACAGUUGUUGCAGGGUCAACAGAUUCUCAGUUGGAAGGGGAUGAAGUACCAGGAGACAGAAAAGGGCCUGCAUACAGUCAGGUCCUCUCUGCCUCUGUGGCUCCAGCCUUCACAGCCAUCCUCACCACACCUUUCCCUCCCUCUGCCAUGCCAAUCAAAUUUGACAGGACCCUGUACAACGGGCGAAAUGCCUACAGCUCGGCGACUGGCAUGUUCACUGCUCCUUUAUCUGGUGUCUACUACUUUGCGUAUCACAUGCAUGUAAAGGGAACCAGCCUGUGGGUGGCACUGUACAAGAACAAUGUACCAGCCACCUACACCUAUGAUGAAUACAAGAAAGGCUACAUGGACCAGGCGUCCGGUAGUGCAGUCCUAGAGCUGAAGGAGGGGGACCAGGUAUGGGUCCAGAUGCCCUCGGAUCAGGCAAAUGGCCUCUAUUCUACCGAGUACAUCCACUCCUCCUUCUCAGGAUUCCUGCUCUGUCCCACAUAACCCUGUCCUUCCAUUCAAACAUGUUCCUGUAUUGGCACCUCGGAGGAGCCCUAAACCUAAAAUACCUGCAGCCAUAGCAGAAAUACAAAACAUCCCAUAGGAUUCUCAAUAUUAUUGCCAUCAUCUUUAUCUUUAUCACCCUCAGCGACAUCAGCAAAAGAAAAACUUUGUCAAUGAAAUAUGGAAAGUUUUAAAAUACAGGGGAAGGAAUUCCAUACUGUGUUCUUUGUUUCAGUGUCCUUCAAAUGUGUGUUUUGGGUUGUAUUUUAUGUUGGUGUUUUUUUUUUUUUAGCUUAUAUUAUUUUAAUUAUUCUAUUGUCAUAAUUUUAUUGUUAUUAUUUGGUCCUUGUCAUCAUUGUUGUUGUUGUUUAUCGGAUUUAGACUAUUAAGUGCCUUACUUUGUAAUGUGCUAGUAACAGACCUUCCCGUGUGACUGCACAUCCUGCCCACAUGCUCUGACAUCACCACACCCAGGGGGGUGAUUUGUCCCUCUGGCCGCAGUCACGUCCCCCCUCGCGUUCUUAUUUAAACCGUGAAUGGCAAUACUAACAUAAAAAGCAACAAUACAACAUAGAAAAUAUAGACAAACAAUAGCAAAAGAAGGCAUUUUGUGCUGUAAUACCAUUGCUUUUCACCUUUCUUUUGUUUGGCCUUUUUGGUACUCUUAACAAUUGCUAUGUUUAAAUGAUUAAGGGGAUUAAAUCUUUGUUUUUAGAGUGAGAUAUAUAUUUUGACAAUUAGCUGGCAUCUGUAGGAUGCUUAUUUUCUUUUUCUUCCUGAAUUUAGUCGGUGACCAUUUAAAAUGACCUUUAUCUUUCUUAUAAUUUAUUGAGCUGCCUAGAAAUGCAAUCCAAGAAAUACAGUCCAAGAAUAAAUAUGACCUGACAGUAUUAGAAUUAAAUAAUGUAGCUGCCCUUUGAAAGAGGAUAACGCAAGGAUCAUUUUUUCAGGACAAUCAUAAUUAAGGACGAUAUGUGUACAAACAGUCAGUGUUUACAUGCCAUAGAAUAGAUACUGAUAGCUACUGCAAAAUGGACAAUAAGGACACAACUCAAACUGGAUUGAUGGCCCGCUUCUUUGUAUUGAUCGUUUUUUUUUCCAUUUGCACUGCAAAUCCCAUCACUGUGUCGCCACCCUCUGAUCAUGACAUCACUGCUCUCUAAUGGUAUACUACCUAUUAAUAAAUCAGCAUCACAUUAACAUUCCAAGUGAGCAGCCAUAUUAUAAAAGCCCUAUUCUGACCACACAUCUAUGAAAAGCCGUUAAGGAAAAUGGGGAUGCAAAUUGUUGACAAACAAAACACACGCACUUCUUCCUUCAAUGCCAGUUUUUAUAUGACUAGUUGCCGGGGAAAUGAGAGCAAUUCUGAACCAUUUGUGAAUGAAAAGAGUUUCUAUUAAUUCCCACACCAUUGCAUCAUAAAAAUAGACCAAUUACUGUUAAGCUUAAUGGAACAUCCAUGACUACAAGGACAGGAUGUUUCAGAACUGAAUAAUGUCAAAAGUAUAGCGCCGGAAAUGAGAAUCCAUCUGCAUUUGCUCUAUGAAUAAGUAAAGGGACUGACUGAGGCCCACAGGUUGUGAAAUACAGGUUGUGUAACAUUUAACAAACCCCUGCCAGAUUUCUGGGAGAGGUGGUGGGCCAGAGGUGACAGUCGUGUAUUUACUCAUUUCUGUUGGAUGAGGCAUUAAAGAUACAUGCUGUGUGUGUGUGUGUGUGUGUGUGUGUGUGUGUGUGUGUGUGUGUUUUGGUAGGUGAACCCUUCUGUCUCUCACUGUGUCAAUAUGUGUGUGUGUGUGUUUGUGUGUGUGUGUGUGUGUGUGUGUGUGUGUGGUUCACAUUGUCCCCUUGGCAUUCAGGUCAUGAACACUUUAGUUAGGAUAAUAAGAAACUUAAAUGAAGUUACAAAACCUUCGGAAGCGCUUACACUCCUGUUAAUGUUCCACAGGUAGUCUGACUUGAAUCUGAUCUUUCAGCCUGCUUUGGGUUUUUAAGAAAAACACACUCUUAUGUUGCCUUUGCGAAAUAAGGGAACAAGUUACAAAAUAGGUGAAUGCAAUAUUAUCAGAGAUAAAAUCAACAUAAUGAGACAAGAAGACAACAUUUGCUAAAUUAUAAAAAAAAUGACUGGUUAACACUGAACACCUUUAACUAAUUUGCAUAUUGGGCCAUGAUGGCAUGCAAUAAUUUGUGUAUUCCAAAGUCAUGAACAAAAAAACAACAUUCUGGUUAGGUGUACAAGAUCUUUUAUCAAUGGUUGCAGUUACAGCAGAGAGGAGGUUUGGAAAAUUUGAGAAAAGUAGCUUUUAUUACUGCCUCAGUGCCUUUACUUACGCUGCCCACUCGCUAUCAUUACACUGAAUUUAGGACUACCUUAAUGGAGGCAUGUCAAUGUACAGGAGGAUUGUGCCAAAUAUUGAGCUUUGCAAUCAGAAUGAAUGUAUACUAUUUCAAUAAAUCAACUGCCAUGCUGUUUCACUAUACAUGAACAAUAACUCUUCUAGAAAAGCAGUUCUAUGAUAAGGCCUAAUCAGUAUUUUAAGUCUAUGUUAUGCAAACAAUGCACUUGCUAAUGCCCUUUACGUCUCAAAACACAACUGCUAUGUAUCAUUAUUGUGAUGUGAGUCUACAAGACAGUCCAAGGCUCGUUAUGUACUGUAUGUUGCCUUUUUUGUGUCGCCUUCCAUUUUUGGACAUACAGUAUGAAAUGGUGAUGUGAGUUACAUGUGGCUAUAAUUCUCUCUCCUUAUGUUUUCAUACACAAUGUCACUUGCUUGCAGAAUUACCCUGUUUGCAAGUCAUUUAAGAAGUGUAAGUAAGACCCAUGUACCGUCUCGACCCCAAACCGAUUUAAAGUGUUUUCUGU